AUGGCCGAGACUGCGACUGCUCCCGCCCCUGCGGCGGACAAGCAAGCCCAUACUCGUCCUACCAAGCCUGACGAGAAUGCCUUUAAGGAGGCUCUCGCAAAGGCUGAGAAGGACCACAAGGCUUCCAUGGACCGCCUGGCCGCUGUCAAGGCCAAGAUCGAGAUUGCUAUGCCCAACAAGAACAAGGACCAGCCUAGCCCGACCCAGAAGCGACGACAGGAGCUCAUUGCCCAGGCCAACGAGAUCCGCCAGAAGCAGGCCGGAGGCAAGAACGCCCGCACCACCAAGCUCGACCAGAUCAAGCGCCUUGAUGAGCAGGUUCGCAGCAGGAUCGCUGAGCAAAAGACUGCCAAGGCCAAGGUUCCCUACAAGUCCCUCGAGGAUGUCGACCGCCAGAUCGCCACUCUUGACAAGCAGGUCAACUCCGGUACCAUGAAGCUGGUCGACGAGAAGAAGGCUCUUUCCGACAUCUCCAGCCUCCGAAAGAUUCGAAAGAACUUUGGCCAGUUUGAGGACUCUCAGAAGCAGAUUGACGACCUGCGCGCCAAGAUCAAGGAGAUCAAGGACAGCAUGGAUGACCCCGAGCAGAAGGCCAUGUCGGAGCAGUACACCAAGAUCCAGACUGAGCUCGAUGCCAUCAAGGCCGAGCAGGAUGAGGCUUACAAGGGUCUGUCGACCCUCCGUGAUGAGCGCACCAAGCUCCAGGCCGAGCAGCAGGAGAAGUACACCGCUAUCCGCAAGCUCAAGGACGACUACUACGGCCAGAAGAAGGCUUUCCAGGCCUACGAGCGUGAGGCCCGUGAGCGCUACCGCGAGAAGCAGAGGGCUGAGCACGAGCGUCACAUCCAGGAGCGCAAGAAGGCCGAGGCUGAGCGCCGCCUGGGCGAUGCUAGCGACCCUGCCUACCUUGAUGAGAUUCGUCGCGCCAACAGCCUUCUCCAGUUCCUCGACCCCAACCACAAGGUUGAGAAGGGCCCCCUGAUGGCCGACACUGGUCUCGGAGCCCAGGCUCAGCGAAGCGUCGAUGAGGCUGGCCUUAAGGGCACCAAGCUCGUCCGCAAGGAGGACCGCGAGGAGGAGUACUUCUCUGCUGUUAAGAAGGGAAAGAAGGGUAAGAAGGGUGGCCAUGCUGCUUCAUCCAAGUUCUUCAAUGUCCCUCCCUCCGUUGUCGAGGAUUGCGCCGCCAUGGGUAUCGACCCUCCCAUGAGUGCCCUGGACAUCCCCGGCGUUACUGAGAAGGUUCGCGCCAAGCUCGACUUCUGGAAGAACGACCAGGAGGCCCAGACCAAGCGUAACAUUGAGAAGGCCAAGAAGGAGAUCGCUGAGCUUGAGGCCGCCGAGGCCAACGGCGAGAAGGUCGAGGAGGUUACCUCUGACCUGAAGGAGACUUCGAUUGCUGAGAAGCAGGAGUCGUAA